AUGUCAAAAUCUGUACCAGAAUUACGUACGAUCACGUAUAUGUGCCCUACUCAUCCGGUGCAGUUAUAUGAACUGAUUUUAGAACUGCUAGAAGAUACGCUAGGCUGCCAUACAACAUUGCAAUAUGAGAGCAGAAGUCCAGGGCCUUUACGUGACCGCCCCGAUCCUUUCAUAAGUGAUAAAAUUGAUUUGGCUUUUAUGACAGCAGCAUCUUAUAUGAAUCUACGUAAAGAAGGAAAUAAAUCUAUUGAACUGCUACCCGUAACUCCAGUUUUUGCGCACCAAAUGAACGUCGAGAACAAAUCGGGAUAUUUCUCAGACAUUAUCAUUCACAGUGAUAAAAAAGCUCAUAAUGUUAACACAUUAUUAGAUCUUCGAGGAUGUACUUUCGCCUACAGCGAUGAAGAAUCUCUUAGUGGAAGCAAAAUUAUACUGAAAACAUUAAAAGAGAAAGGAGAAAAUGCAUCGUUUUUUGGAUCGCUAUUAAAAUCCGGCUCGCACUUGGCUUCAGCGCAAAUGGUACUUUCGAAACAAGCUGAAUGGGCAGCAGUUGACUCUACAACUCUUUUGUAUUCAAAGAAAUUUAUGUAUGACGGAGGAAAAGACAUAAUUACGUUAGAAACUUUGGGUCGUCUACCACCAUACCCUAUCGUUGCAAAUUCAAAACUACCAGAUGAAACUAAAAAGGCUAUAACACAUGCAUUGUUGACUCUGCCACAAACAGCACAAUGGAAACAGAAGUUUGCACCUUUUGGUGUAAUAAAAUUCGUAUACAAUAGUGAUGGUGCUUAUGAUGGGACGACUGCACAAAUGUGGUCCAGCCAGACGGAAAAACUUAACAUUAGGUAUUAUUAG